AUGGGAGCUCAGGCGCUACCUGCACAGACUGCAAACAUAAUGCAGAUCUGGAUAAAGAAAUGUGACUUUCUCCUGAACAACCGUUCAGAAAUCGACUGGCCUACUUUGAUCGGUUUGAAGCGACACGAUGUGAAGGUGAGUCUGGCGGACACGACUACACUUGAUGAAAAACGGAGAACACUUGCUCAGCUGCAAAAUGGCAAGUGUGCCGGUGCAGACGGGAUCCCACCUGAAAUAUUGAAACAUGGUGGAUCUGCGUUGGUGACUGCGCUGCACCACUUGGUGCAACGCGUAUGGAUUGAGAAGGAGGUGCCUCCUGAGCUGAAGGACGCCCUUGCGCUACCAUUGUACAAGGGUACAGGGAGCAAGGCAAACUGCACGAAUUAUCAUGGCAUUAACUUGCCGAGUUGUGUGGGCAAGGUGAUUGCCUGA